UGAGUGUAUGCACAGGCGAAACGCGGCCACUACCGAUCACUAUGGCUUCCACCCCCUCGGCCUCUGCCCUGUCCGCUGUUCUCCGGUGUCGGCGGAAUAUCUGGACGAGGAAUCCGCCGACCAAGCGGCCUUCCGCCUCGGUGUACACCCUCGGACUGGCCGGCGGGACGCUGCGCGACUCUCCGGCUGAGCGCGGCGCCUCGAACCAGACGUCAGCGUGGGAGGCUGUUCCCCAGGGGGAGAGUGUGGUAGUGAUGGUGGGUGGGAGACUAACGGUUUCGUACAGGUCGGACAGAGAGGGGGGCAAAGUUUCCAGAGAAAACAGUAAAUUACGUUACCCCAAACUUUGGCAGCCUCCCGGGGACGCGCGCUCUGCUGCGGCUGCUGCCCAGCGGGAGCGGCCGGGCAGACUGCCUGAAAGAGACGCAGGCUCCAAAAUAAUGCACAUGAUUAAAUACCAAAGAUAUUCUGUACACGUCCGUAAAACUGCCCGUGUUAAAGACGCGAGUGAAUUCCCCGCGGGGAUCCUGAAGCUGUCCGUGACAUCCUGUCCGUGUAUCACUGAAAAUGCGGGACAAAUCCCGUCCUUCGUGUCAACGGGCUGGUCAGCACUGAAGAGCAUGUGUUUAUCUCUGACUGCGUCCACAAUCCUGUUUUUGAAUUUGAGCGAGCUGUGCCGCUCCAGCAGCCAAGGAAAGGAGGAACGCUCCAGGAGCCAUGGCCUGCAGGCGCACAAACAGACCUCCUCCAAGAACUCCAGAAAGAAAGGACUGACCGAGGGUCCGAGGCCGCAGCACCAAAAAUAGGCCCUUUAUUGACUUUUGCCACAUUUGGACUUCAGCCUGCUGACAGAAACAACCAGCUGCUUUUUAUUUUCUUUGCCAAAGAAAAAGUACAAAUGAAGUGUUUAAAAUGAGGCUCAGGGCCUCCACAAACACUGUUCGUGCUUUAUUAGUGACCACCUUUACUCCAGAUGUGUUCACUGAUCUCGUUUUCAUGAUAGUGCUGGAGGCCAAAGUCUAACAUGCUGGUUAUCAAUUAGGUUGAGAUCAGAGGGGCGCCGAGGCCGCAGCAGAUCAUUCACAUCAUUUUCACUUCUUAAAACCAUUCAGUGAGCCCCCCCACCCCCAUCCCCAUGGCAGAGCCCCCGCCCCUUAGGACAGAAAUGUUUCAUCAUGAAGCUGAUCACUCAUCACAGCUUUGCAUUGAUUUGCAGUGCCCCCCAACACAGCAUAGCAGAGUGCACGGGUCCCCUCACUGCUCAGUGCUUCAGGCUUUUCCUUUCAUUUUCCACCUGUUUGUCUUCAUCUCCCCCUGCAUGUCCCAGAACGUUGAUUCUGUCCAUCUGGAUUCAACGUUUCCAGUGGGAGAAACGUGGCAUCACUCAUCUGAGUGACUCUCUGAAACGCUGCGUCCACGUGAGCAGCACCGACUUUCUGCAUCGACACUGUCGGCCUGCACAGAAGCUCACUGUAGAGACUGUGACACAAACUGGAGUGAAAGUCUAAAAACUCAAGAAACACAACUGUGCACACUGAGUAAAAGCAAUGUAAAUGUGUGGAAAUAAUUAAGAGACGCCCUCUGUUAUUUAAGUAUUUUACACUGCACUAAACACCAAUAUUCAGUGUGAGGCCACCAGCAUAUACUUGCUGCCUCUUUAAACCUCCACCAGGCUGCGGUGCACCACUCAGUCACGUGUUGAACCAGCACAGCCUCAUAGAUUUCAGUCUUCAAGCUUUAAUAUCUGGGAAUGCCAAGCAGGAAAAGCUCCAUAACACAAAGGUUGGACAUUAACCUAACAUCAAUCUGGGAACCCACGAUCCAGCGUGAUUAGCUGACAUCUGAGACGUUACAAAGAACCAAAGAAUCUCACACUGAAAUCAAUGGGAGAAGCAAACAUGGUGGGAAAGCUGGAAUUUCCAGGGAAAAUGUGCUUUUUAAAACUUCAUUUGAGACAAAUUUCUAAAGUGUUUUUUUUUUUUAAAUCAGAUGGUGAUUCGUUUUUUAUUCACUGCUAACUAAAAUUAAAGUUAACUUAGACGACACUUCCAAAUAACUAGCUGGAGACGACAUGUUGCUGUAAGGACUCAGUCAUAUAAUGAUUUGAUCCCAGCUGAAUUUGUAAGUUUGCUCACAAAGAAAUGAACAGUCUCUCAUUUUUAUGGUAGUUUCAUUUUAAUGGAGAAAGAAUAUUAUCCAAAAAUCCAGAAAAAAAACUCGUUACAGAGAAGUUAUAAAUUGUUUUGCAUGUUAUUGAGUGAAAUAAGUAUUUGACCAAAAUAUGAGCCAGUACUCGGUGAAGAAACCGGUGGAGCACAGCAGUGAGACGUUUCUUGUAGUUGGUCAUCAGGUUUGAAGACAUCUCAGGAGGGAUGUUGGUCCACUCCUCUUUACACAAACUCUCUGAAUCUUCAGGUUUCUUAUAACUUUUAUGUAAUUUUUUUUCUGGAUUUUUUAAUUGAUAUUCUCUCUCUCUCCAUCAAAAUGAAACUUACACAUUCAGCAGGGAUCAAAUAAUUAUUUUCCCCACUGUAUAUGCAGAAUGAGAGAUGAACCUAACCCUACCAUGAAUGGGGCAGCAAUAACCUGAACAUGUGGUAUGCUGUGAAGUAUAACGUGUGCUGCAGUUUGCUGAACUCUUCAAAAUCUUCCACAAUCAAAGUAUAUUUAAUGGAGCUCAUUAUGCAGCAGAAUGGUGACUGAUAAGAGAUUUUCAUUUUAUUCAAUUGUAUUUAUAUAGCACCAAAUCACAACAAACAGUCGCCUCAAGGCGCUUUGUAUUGUGG